AGUCAGUCACAGAUCCAUCGACAGACAGGCGGCAGGAAGCUGACGGGCAGCAACGAUGCGGACGCUGUGCUUUUUCUGGUCUCUGGCAGUGUGGCUGGGCUCUGGAGAGUCCCAGACUCUGACUCAGACUCCGACCGUGUCGGUGAGUCCAGGAGCCACGGCCACGCUGAAUUGUGACAUCGGAUCAAAGGCUAGCUAUUAUGUAGGUUGGUACAAGCAGACACCGGGAACAGUUCCACAAUGGAUCCUGUACUACCAUCAAUCGAGCAGCGCCCCGACCUACGGGCCUGGGUUUAGCAGCGACCGUUUCACGUCGACAUCCAACAGCGCCGGCACCGUUUACCAGUUAAUCAUAAAAAACGUGGAGAUGAAUGACGCUGCCGUCUAUUACUGCGGAACGACGUUUUCCGUGGGUGGUAGCUACCCGGGGGUGUUCGGCCCAGGGACCAAGCUCUUUGUUACAGAUCGGCAGCUCCCAGACCCUUCAGUGAAACUGCUUGGGCCGUCGGCCGAGGAGAUCUCCGCUAAAGGAUCGGGCACCUUAGUUUGCCUGGUCAGUAAAUUAUCGAUCGGCUUCCCUGUCGUCAGCUGGACAGUGAACGACAGUCCGACGAGCAGUGAGGUGCAAACCAGCGGGGUGACUCAGAACGCGGACAAAACCUUCAGUCUCAGCAGCUACCUGACGGUGCCCGGCGCAGACUGGAGCAGUGGGAAGAGGUACUCCUGCUCAGUUCAACAAGGAGCAGCCUCGACAAUAUCCGCAACAGUCACACAAUCCAGCUGUUAAACAGAGCGCGGCUUCGGCCUUGUUUGUUCCCGAUUAACGGGAGAUCAUGGCCUUGUAUCUUUCACCUCUACCUCUCUCACUCGCUCUUCACUGUACUUCCCUUCUGUUCCGCUCUCUGUAGUUUCCACUGUGGUGUUGGAAUAUUUGUACCCGAGGCUGAUUUUGAUCUUGUUCCGACUGAGAGGGUACACAGUGUCAAAGCGGACAGUUGCUUGACUUCUGGACAUUUCAGGCGGUAUUUGGUUUUCUCUUGCAUCGGUGUUGAAUUAGUUUGAAUGAUUAAUAAAUGCUUUGUGAUUCGUCAUCAUGAUCAGACUGACCGACGGUUAUUAAUUACCAAUAAAUAUGAUCAGUGCAGGAACGAC